AUGUCUCCCAUUUUGCUUUUCAUACCAAUUUCCUCAGAUGCUGCGUUGAAUGGGCGCAUGCUGCUAAAUGCGGAGACAAGCGAUCAGAACACACUUUCACCUGAAUGUCCAUCCCACGGCGUUACAUCACCAACCCCUGUAACUCCGAACAGUGAAACACCACAGAAUCCAUCUCCCAGCGCCUCAGGCCAAAAUGGAUCUCAUAACACUGCUGUGCCAGGAACCCCACAAGGUCCCCAAGGAGCAACCCACACGGUUACUACCAUACCAAGUUCACAUCAAGGCGCGCAUGCAGGUCCGCAGCAGCAAGCCCCAGCUUUGGGCGGAUCGGGGGCCCCCCGUGAAGGCACACACGAAACCACACACACCUCGGUUGGUGCCCCGCAAUCUUCCUCCUCCAAUGACGGCGGCAUUCAAGUAAAAACUGCCCUACUGAAAGAUGCAAACGGAGUGAAGGUUACUGGUCCCUGUGGCGCAAACUUCGAAAUAUUCCUCGUCCCGCAUAUGUCCAUCAGUGCCGAAACAAGCACAAACGACAUAAAGUUGAGGCCAAAAUUACAUAAGCUGAUUGACACAAACGAGGCAAAAGAUGAAAUUAUGAAACUCUAUAAUGCAAUACAAUUUGGCAAGAACCCUGAAAAGCUAAAGAAUAAGUGUCAACCUGGGAAAGGGAAUGAGCAGACUUUUAAAUUUCUGGUUCUUAUUCAUGAAGGGGAGUUGACUCUAAAGUGGAAGGUUUACGACAAAUCGGCCCCCCCAAACGCAAGCACAGAUGUGGACGUGAGAACAUACAUCCUGAACAACAUGGACCAACCAAUUACGACUAUCCAAGUGCACUCAUCGAAGGUGAACGAUGAUACGCUUUUGGUGGAGACCAAAAGUUACUAUGUGAAGAGGGAUAUUCCAGAAAAAUGUGACACAAUAGCAACUGACUGCUACUUGAACGGAAACGUGGAUGUUGAAAAAUGCUUCCAGUGCACGUUACUCAUUCAGAACAAGGACACGACAGAUGAGUGCUUCAAGUACGUCUCUUCUGAGGUCACCGAUAAAUUUCAGGACAUAAAAGUAAAUGCACAAGAUGAGGAAGAUACGCUCGAAGAUGUGUUGACAGAGUCUAUUGGAAAAAUCCUCCAAGGAAUGUACAAAAAAGGACAGACGGGUAUGAAUGAAUUGCUCAGUUUUGACCAAGCAAAUAAAGCUUUGAAAGCAGAAUUGCUCAAUUAUUGUGCUUCCAUGAAAGAGGUGGACUCCAGUGGAGUGUUAGACAAUUACGAGUUGGGUAGUGCACAAGAUGUAUUUGUUAACAUAACUAAUAUGCUACACAUGAACAGUGACUGUUCCGUGUCCUCAUUACAAAACAAGUUGAAAAAUCCUGCUCUAUGCUUGAAAAAUACGGACCAAUGGGUGGACAGCAAAAAAGGGCUUCUCCUUCCUAGCUUGGCUCAGACCCAUGUAGAAGCUACUCUCUCCGCAAUCCCCAAAGCGGAACACAUGAGCCACACAAAUGAUGGUAUGCAGAAUGUCCCAUACGAUGCUAUUAUAAACCUCGUAUCUGCGGAGGAGAAAAACAACUGCAGCUCCCUCAUUGAAGACAGCAUGUACUGCAACGAUGAGUACUGCGAUAGGUGGAAGGACGACACGAGCUGCAUGUCCAAAAUUGAAGCGGAAGAUCAGGGUGUGUGUGCCACGUCUUGGCUAUUCGCUUCUAAAUUACACUUAGAAACGAUUAAGUGCAUGAAGGGUUAUGAACACAUCCCAAGUUCGGCUCUCUAUGUGGCCAACUGUUUGAAUAAUAAAGCGCAUGACAAAUGCCAGGCUCCGUCAAACCCGCUAGAAUUUUUGAAGACGCUCGAGGAGACCAAAUUCUUGCCAACCAAUUCAAACCUUCCAUACUCAUACAAAGCGGUGAAUAAUGUGUGUCCCCAGCCGAACAGUCACUGGAAAAAUCUGUGGGCAAACGUAACACUCCUAGACCCGCAGUACCAACCCAACUCGGUAAGCACCAAGGGGUACACUGCCUACCAGAGUGCCCAGUUCAACGGUAACAUGGACGCGUUUAUUAAGUUGGUGAAGUCGGAAGUCAUGAACAAGGGGUCGGUAAUUGCCUACGUGAAAGCGGCGGGAGCACUCAGUUACGACUUGAACGGAAAGAAAGUCCUCUCUCUAUGUGGAGGUCAAACACCAGAUCUCGCCGUCAACAUAAUAGGUUAUGGUAAUUAUAUAAAUGAGGAGGGAAUGAAAAAGUCCUAUUGGUUGUUACGUAACAGUUGGGGUUCUCACUGGGGAGAUGACGGCAACUUCAAGGUCGACAUGUAUGGUCCGCAUGGAUGCCAACAGAACUUUAUCCACACCGCUGCUGUCUUCAACCUAGACGUGCCCAUCGCUCAAUCCGUUACGAAGAAGAACAACCAAUUAUAUAGCUACUACUUGAAGGGUGCCCCUGACCUUUAUGAAAAUUUGUACUAUAAAGGGUUCGACUCUCAAUGUAAAAAUACCAAUGAGGGCCAAAAAGGCCAAGUUGUGAACCUCGUGGUUUCUGGGCAGACGGAAGAGGUAGAGGCCCAUGAAUCAGGUCAAGGGGAAGGACAGAAUCAGGCAGAAGUGCAAGCUGGACAGGGGGGCGCACACGAUGGGGUAGCACAGAGCGGAACUGGAGUAACUUUAUCCCCACCUGCGGCAUCAUCAUCCCUGAGUGCUUCCCCCAGUAACGCUGCCAAGAUAACCCAAGUACUGCACAUCUUGAAGCAUGUGAAGCACGGGAAGGUGAAGACGGGCCUUGUUACCUACGAGGGUGAUGCGGCGCUGAGCGCAGGACACGCGUGCUCACGAGCGGUGGCAAGUGACCCUGACAUAGGCGACGACGAGUGCGUGAAGUUUUGUGAUGACAACUGGAAUGAGUGCAAAGAUAAAUUUUUACCAACGUAUUGCUUAACAAACAAGAGGGGAAAAAACGACUGCUUUUUCUGCUACGUGUAA